GGACUAUCACUCUGCAAAUAGAGACUGCAGAGACUUCAAACACAAUAUGUAACAUCAAAGUACUACUCGAUAAAUAGGACGCAUAUCUUAUAUAAUCCGUGGGUCUUUCACGAUUUAUCACGAACUGAUCGCGAGUCGACAUGGCCUGCAGAGCACAGAUACCCGAACCUCCCAUGUGUCAUAGAAAAGACGAGAUCUCAGAUGUGCCCUUGUUUCCCCGCAUGAAAAAUCUACCCCAACCUCAUUCCUAUUUCGACGUGUGAGAUGAGGUAGAGAUGCAUGACUUUGAGUGUUUCGGACAUCUGUCGUCCGACCCCACAGAACGGCCUUCUGUUCUUCCGUACAGCUUCACAUGAAAUUUAUCAUUCCAUCUCAUCUUCCAGACUUCAUAAAGUCAACGCCCACGUUUUUGAGUCUUGUCGUUAUUGCAGCUGGGUGAACCACAACCAUGACCAAAGAACUAGUAGCGGAUACCUUUCUCGAAGCGAUACUGGAUCUGGUCAGGCGCAUCGAAAAGCUCCUCGCUUCCGCGUCCCGUCAGCGUAUCCUCAUCGCGCUUGCAGGCGUGCCAGGAUCUGGCAAAUCGACUGUAUCCCACGCGCUUCUGGCCGAGCUUGCGCUGCGUAACAUCCACGAUGUUGCUGUCGUGCCAAUGGAUGGUUUUCAUUACACUCGAGCAACCUUGUCAACUUUUGAAGCCCCCGAGCUAGCUUUCAGAAGACGCGGCGCUCCAUUCACAUUCGACGCCGAGGCUAUUGUGAAGCUUGUCAAGACGCUCAAAACUACGCCAGUAACGACAGGCGAAGAGCCAGAAAUUCUCGUCCAUGUUCCAAGCUUCGAUCACGCCGUCAAAGAUCCGGUGCAGGAUGCGAUUCCAGUUUCUUCGCGUAAUCGUAUUAUAGUUAUUGAAGGAAAUUACACGCUCCUCAACCAGAGCCCGUGGAAUGAAAUCGCAGAACUUAGCGACGAGAGGUGGUUUGUCGACGCACCUAUAGAAGUAGUGAAAGAGCGCCUUGCUCAACGCCAUCUCGCUGCAGGUAUCGAGACUUCAGCGCUGGCCGCCAUCAAAAGAGCGGAAGAGAACGACAUUCCAAAUGGCGAGCUGAUACGAAGAAUGCUUAUCAAGCCUGAUGUUACCAUUGAGAAUUGACAUACUACUGCGACCGUAUGCUCAAAAAAGUCAUCUCAUCGGCGCUCCGAGACACCUGUGCUCAGUACUCGCUGGAAGUCAGGUCCCAGUCGAAUGAGUUGAACAACUCGUUUGAUUCAAUUGACCACGGGAACGCACUCAAGGCCUCACGGUCCAGUUGUACGUCCUGGAACAGGCCAGAGUCAAUGUCGUCGCUGGAAACAACUUGGUCGAGAAUAGCGACGCAGCGUGCUGAUAGCGAGUCUUCGAUGAGAUGCUCGCGGAACGUAUUCUUUGCCAAAUCGACAUCUGCGUACCAACUUUGCAUCUCGAUGGACUGGGGAAAGCUGAUGAUACACAAGGUAAUCACCAGGGCUGCGUGGAAGAGGAAGU